AUGGUGAGAAAACAUGGCUGGCAAUUACCUGCUCACACUUUUCAGGUUGUUGCGAUCACUGUAUUUUGCUUGUUGGUGAUCGCUUUUUAUGCUUUUCUUGCUCCCUUCAUUGGAGGUCAUAUAUGGGAAUACAUUUUCAUUGGUGUUUACUCUCCCGUGGCAUUUGUUGUGUUCAUUCUUUACGUCAGAUGCACUGCAAUUAACCCUGCAGAUCCAGGCAUUAUGUCUAAGUUUGACCCUAGAGUGGGAAAUAAGUUCAAUCCUGCUCAGGAUUUAUCAGGGAAACAUGACAUUUCUGAACAUGAACGCAUUGCUGCCAGAGAGCAAUAUUCUCCAUCAUCUUCCAAAAGAUCUAUGACAAAUAUGAGCAAGAAAAGCUCAGUGGAAGAUAUGGACAGAGUAGACAAUUCAAGGAAACAGAAUAACCAAAGUUCAUGUACUGCAAUUGGAGGAAUUUUCUGCAUACUAUGUUCACAUGAAGAUUGCCAGAAACAGGAAGCAACAGCUGAUGAUCAGGGUGGUGGUGAAGAUGCUCUGUUCUGCACUUUAUGCAAUGCUGAGGUGCGCAAGUUCAGCAAACAUUGUAGAAGUUGUGAUAAAUGUGUUGACGGCUUCGAUCACCAUUGUCGGUGGCUUAACAAUUGUGUGGGUCACAAGAAUUACAGUUCUUUUAUUGCUCUCAUGGCUUUUAGUCUUGCUUGGCUAGUUAUUGAAGCUGGAGUGGGUGUUGCAGUUUUUGUCCGUUUCUUUGUUAAUAGGAGAGGAAUGGAAUCUGAAAUCAUUGAUAGACUUGGAAAUGGAUUUUCUCGUCCCCCAUUUGCUGCUGUUGUGGUCGUAUGUACUGUAGUUUCUAUCUUGGCUUGUGUGCCUUUGGGUGAGCUUUUCUUUUUCCACAUGAUACUAAUCAGGAAGGGUAUCACUACCUAUGAAUAUGUUGUAGCAAUGAGAGCCAUGAGUGAAGCACCUGCAGGGGCAUCUGUAGAUGAGGAAUUGCCAAAUAUACUUUACUCUCCUACAGGCUCAGCCACAACUGGAUUGAGUGGAGGAAGUUCUCUUGGUUUGCAAUAUAAAGGGGCUUGGUGUACCCCUCCUAGGGUAUUUGUGGAUUAUCAGGAUGAAGUUGUGCCUCACUUGGAGCCUGGAAUGCUACCGUCAACUGUUGAUCCAGAUGCAGCGGGGAUUGCAGAAAGAGGGCAAAAGAUACCAAAAAGACCCGUUCGAAUUAGUGCUUGGAAGCUUGCUAAGUUGGAUUCACAAGAGGCAGUGAGAGCAGCUGCAAAAGCCAGGGCAUCUUCUUCAGUUUUGCGACCUGUAGACAACCACCGUCUACCAGAUGCAGAAUUGAGCUCUAGUGGCACCAUGAGCAUCAGAAGUAGUUUAAGCACUGAGACUGGAGCUAAUAAGGAAAUUAAACACGAGUUAAGAUUUUCUCCAGUCAGAAAUUCGAUUGCUCCUAGUCAAGGAAGCCGUGACGAGUAUGAGACCGGAACUCAAAGUAUGAGUAGUUUCAGUAGUCCUAGCCAUGUUCAUGAGGCAGUUACACUCAGCCCUCUUCCACAGGGUCACAGUUUGAGUGGCUUAAGGUCAGGUUCCUCAAUUCCUAGUUUGGUGCCUGAGCGGCCUUUAACUUCUAAAGCAACAUUGUCAAACUUCAGGAACCCAAUAUCUAAUCCAUCUUUUGGAUUUGAUGGGAGGACAGCAAUGCCAAAAGGAAUUGGCAAUGAUCCCUUGUUGCUUUCAGCUUCUAACACUUCUAUUCUAAGAGAUGUGAAACGGACAUCAGUUGUUUGGGAUCAAGAAGCUGGCAGGUAUGUCUCAGUUCCUUCAUUGCCAUCAGAAGCUCGUAAUAGGUCAUCCAUGGCCAUAAAAUUGCCACAUGUAAAUGCUGAAACAAGCAGUAUUGGGAAAAAACCAGUGAUUCCUCAGCAGGAGUUGUCAUUAUCUGCACCCAAGUCUCCAGGGCAGCACAUACAGAAUCUGAUGUAUACAGGAGAUUCUAUCUUUUAUGGCGGUCCAUUUUUGAGUGCCCCAGUUAAAGAUGGUUUGAGAAAUGAAAGACAUUUGGCAUCAGGGGAGGCCCAAGAUAGCAUAUCAGCGAACUUACCCCAAGAGCCAAGAUAUAAAAGGGACUCACUUUCAAAUCAGCUUCCAGUGUUUGUCCCUGGUGGGUUUGAGAAUACCCUUCAACCUCGUUCUGGCAUGAAUUAG